AUUCUGUUUGCCUAGUCAUUUUUUCUUCACUUACAUGAAGUUCUUCCGCAUGUCCCAAGGCCAUGACGCAUGCGCAUUUUUUACUGACAAUUUUUGAAACAAUUUCUCACAGAACAAUUCACAUUCGAAUUCUUAUUAUUCGUUAUCACGUGUUAUGCUGUUACAGUAAUAUUUCUUCUCGAAGAAAAUUGUGGAAAAUGGAAGAAAUAUCUUUACUUGGCAACGAAAACAUUAUUAUCCAAUGCGAUACAUGCGGGCAAUCGUUUGAAAAUGAGCAAGCUUGGAGCGAACAUAUAGUGGUUCAUCAGACUGAAAAUCUUGAAACAAUAGCUAGUGUUGAUAUUCAGGAAGAAAGUUCAGAGGAAAGUAACCAUGAGAUGGACAACUCUCAAGACACAAAAGAGGGCAAUAUUUAUCCAUGUCUUGAAUGUGGAAAAAUAUAUAAAUCUAAGAAUGGCAUGGUCAGACAUGUUAAGACCAAUCACUCAUAUGGAAAUAUUUUUUUCUGUAAAAUAUGCACACAAACCUUUGCUGCUGCAGUUGAUUUAAAAACACAUUUGCAGAGCCAUGCUGAUGACCCAAAAGUAAACAAAUGUGGUGUUUGUGAUAAAAUCUUUGUUGAUAAAUCCAGAUUGACGCAGCAUUUUAAGUCGCACAGAAGUGAGCGGCCAUUUAAAUGUGGUGUUUGCAACAAGACAUAUAAAGAGAAACGUGAUUUAGCUCACCACGAGAAAUCUCAUUCAGCAAUAAGAGAAUAUACAUGUGACAAAUGUGGAAAGUCAUUUCUACGUCCACGAGACCUCAAGCUUCACAUAGAAACACACUCAGAUGUAAAACCAUUUAAAUGUGACAUCUGUGAUAAGACAUUUCGGACAAAUAAGGAUCUGACUGUCCACACAAAAUAUCAUACUAAUGCAAAUGACUUUGAAUGUUUUAUAUGUGAGAAAAAAUUUGCAAUGAAACACAUCCUAAAACGUCAUUUGAUAUCACAUAGGCAGAAAAAGAAGUUCUCUUGCUCCCAAUGUGAUAAGGCAUAUAACUUUAAAUACAGGUUGGACCAUCAUGUCAAGUCUGUCCACCAAAAUGAGCGUCCCUAUGAAUGUGAAGUUUGCAAAAAAACAUUCACAAGUAAUGACAAUCUAAAAGUACAUUUGAGAGUUCACAGUGGAGAGCAUCCAUACCAGUGUUCUUUGUGUGACAAGACAUUCACUCAGCUGUCAAACAAAUAUCGCCAUGAACUUGUUCACAAAGAUGUGAAGCCUUUCACCUGUUCUAUGUGCCACAAAGCAUUCUAUACAAAAUAUGAGGUAAAGAAACACAUGAGUGUUCAUGAUGCUCCUGAUGGAAAGCCUUUUAAAUGCACAGAAUGUGACAAAAGUUUUGUGAAAGCAUUCUCCCUCCGAAAUCAUAUCCAAAGAAUUCACCUGGGGAUAAGGCAUACUUGUACUAUCUGCCAAAAGUCAUUUAAAAUUCCAUCCAGCCUGAAAGAACACAUGAAGAAGCAUAUCAAUUGUGCAGCAUUGUGCACUGUUGGAUCACAGGACUCAAUUAAUUGUGAAACAAGUAUGAAAAAAAAUGAACAAGAAAACAUUGUUAACAAAACAGCUGAGCACAAACUUCAUAGCCGAGAACAAAAUAAUUCAAUUGAGUCACAAGAAGAAACAUGUGGUUCUGCAGAACAACAGAACGUUAUUUCAACCAUGCCUCAUUUGGUCAACUCGGCUGGAAAUACUCUUGAAAUCAACUGUCCAAAAGAUGAUAACAAGGAUGACAAAACUUCAAGGCCAUAUUCCUGCGAUCAAUGCUCACAAUCAUUCCGCCGAGGACAAGAUCUUAAAAGACAUGCAGACCGUGUUCAUAUCAACCCAAAAUAUUUCAGGUGUAAAGUUUGUAGAAAAACAUUUAUUGUUGAGGCAGAAUUAGAGAUACAUUCCCGGACCUGUAGUGGUCCUGGGAAUGAGUUUGUUUGUUCGAUAUGUGGAAACAAAUUUGCUUCAAAAGCCAACUUAAAGCGUCACAUGGAUAUCCAUAGUGAUACAGAGCCUAAAGAAUGUGAAAAUUGUGGUAAAGUGUUCAGAAAUCAAAGGCUGUUAACCAGACACAAAUUUAUCCAUUCUGAUAAACGACCAUUCAAAUGCAGUACUUGUGAGAAAGCAUUUCGUAGAGCUGAGGAUCUUGUAAAACAUGUUCGUACUCACACUGGUGAAAAACCUUUUAAAUGCAGGUACUGUGAUAAAGCAUUUAAGCAAUGCAAUAAUCGACAACGUCAUGAACAAACCCAUGUACCUGAAAAGCGUUUUAAAUGUGAAACAUGUAACCACUACUUCAGCUCAUGCUCAGAACUCAAAGAGCACAUCUUAAUUCAUGAGGUUUCAGAUGGGAAACCAUUCAAGUGUCAUAUUUGUCCAAGAGGAUUUGCACGGAAAAAGAGUUUGAAGUCACAUAUUAAUGUUGUACAUGUGAAUCCAAAACAUUGUUGUAACAUUUGUGGUGAGAGAUUUCAUACUACACGCGAGGCAAAGAAGCACGCGAAAAUGCAUCCUGUGGAAAGUGGAGGACUUGAAGUGGUAGUGGAGGAAGUCCAGGAAGACAAUGUACAUAAUGUUAGUGUGCUGGAAGGAGGGGUGGGGGAAGGUGCGGAUGAGAACGGUGGAGGAGAGACGGUAGAGCAAAGUAAAGAUGAUGUAAUGAUAGUUGAUGGUGGGGUAGAAGCAAGUGCUGGGCGUCAGGGCAGUGGAACGGGCCUUACAAUAAAGAGAGGAAGAGGGAGACCUAAGAAAAAGGUGAGAGGGGCGACAGGAAACAAAGGUGGACAUGAAGUGAGGGAGAUGGUAACGACAGAAAAUCAUGACACACAGAUAAACAAUAGCAAUGAGAAAAGCAGGAAAGAAGCGAGUAAAGAAAGAGAAAAUAACGCAGGUGGCCAAGAUGAAGACUGUAGCCAAGUGCGACGCAAUGAUCGUAAAAUACAACAUGAAAAUGGAAUUCUCGAUUUGAGAAAUGAUUUAAGGAACAAGACAAACGAUAUGGAAGACGAGAUAAGUGCGACUAGUCAGAGAAAUAACGAAACAAAUUCAAAUGAAACAAUUCUUAAGAUCUUGGAAGGGAAACCGUUCGUAUGUCCUGUUUGUGACAAAGGAUACGCCAGCAAAAAUGGACUAAAACACCACCAUGAUAAAACUCAUAAAAAUAAAAACGUACUCAAAGAUAAUCAUAUCUAUUAUUGUCCUGAAUGUAAAGAAGGUUUCAAAAGCAAGAGAAGAUUUUGGCUUCAUGACGUGAAAGUUCAUGGACUUCUUAAUACAUCAGAAUCAGAAAAUGAAACGAUUUCUGAAGAAGAUGGCAGAGAUAUUAGAGCGCGGAUUAUUAGGAAUGCAAAAGGUAAUUCUAGUACACCGAAUGAUACUGUCUCAUGAAUGAUGAUGGCACAGACUUUGUUUAUGGUAAAAGAGUUCGCCAACAAAAGAUCACAGAUUGGUUCGGAACUUCUACACAAUGAUGUUUGAAAAUAGAUGGUUGCGAAUAUAAAAUUAAAAUAUAGUGAUGUAACAUUGUCAUCAGUAACACUGGUUUCGCCAAAGUUGGUUGUAAUAACUAAUAUGAAUAUGUGAAUU